AGCUAACGAGCCGACAAGUACAAAGCCAAUAACCGAUCUACCGAUCUGUCUUUGAAGUCGUAUUCAAAGGAGCGAGAGCAUUUAGACGGAGGGCAUGAAACUUCGCCGAGCAUGUCUGAACUUGAAGGAACUGUUGGUAAGUUGGCACCUGCGCAGGCAGGUCCGAACAGUGCACUGCAUCCGUGGCUUUGAUUGGCACGCUUCACCCGCAAAAAAGGUCCAGGACAGGACAGCAGUUGCAUUGACCCCUUAUCUGCGACUUGUGGUCGGUAAUAAUAGCAAAGAUGCAGUCAAGGUUGAUACCAAUCUCAAGUCGCCGAAGACGACACAGUGGAUUCAUAGGACAGGUGUCGUAGGAUGACAGGGGUGAAUACAGUAAUUCGCGCUGUGAAAUUCAUCGGAGGAUUCGGACCCCAGCUGGUGUGAAGUGAUGUGGGGACAUUGCUCUUCUACGUUGACUCUCGUAGAGUAGUCCUGACAUCAUACGCUCACCUUUUUAAUUCGCUUACUGGAGAGUGUCAGGUACGAGAGCGAGCAUUUCGUUCGUUCAUUCCGUUUUCGCAUCACGGACGAUCGUGAAGACCGUCCGUGAGCUCUCUCUCCAUCAGCACAUUCGCAGACGGACUGCAAGAAUGCCAAGCAGGUGCGACCAAUCUCUAUCACUUGCUGCUCUUCCCACUCUCCAACAAAAGUGUAGUUGACCGAAAGAGGUCUUCCUUUUCUGCCGUGGCGAGGCAACACAAGGCCCGACCUCGAUCGACCUCCGCCUCGAUAUUUUGCUUUUAGCCUUGCAGCUGGCAGUGCCAGUGGCGUAUCCUCCUUCACAGAAGAAAUUCCAGCCCAACGAAUUGUCUCUCGUAAGGUCGAGGAUGCCACGCACUUGGAGAGGAAUCUCUGCGACCGUUUAGUUCCGAGGUGAGCACCCCGGUGGGGAAGAAGAGCCAUCGACGCGGAGAGGAGCCGGGGGACGAGGGGCAGGGGAACGAAGAGAGGGGGAGAUGGCCACGGGACGGGUAACGAUAUGCAUCGGGGACAUUCACGGGCAUGUGGAGAAGCUCGAGAGGCUGUGGCGAAAUUUGGAGCUGCGACUCGGAGCGGAGGAAUUCGGCGGGUGCACGGUCAUAUUCCUGGGAGAUUACAACGACCGGGGGCACCAGCCCCGAGGAGUGAUUGACUUCCUCAUCUCUCUGCGCAAAGCUUACCCGCAGCAGAAGCAGGUGUUUCUGUGCGGCAAUCAUGACUUCGCUUUCAUGGCAUGCCUGGGAAUUCUGCCCCGCCCUCCCGCAGGAUUUUCCUACUCCAGCACUUGGACCAAGUACCUGCAGAACGAGAAGAUGGAGGGAUGGUGGCAGGGCGAAGGCCAGGACGACAUUCAUUUGCAAGGGCGUCGGUGGGCUGGCAACAUCGGCAUCCGCAUGAAUCCGGCCAAAGGAAUUCUGUACAAGGGCUCCACUUACGAUGCGGCUGUCACCUUCGAGUCCUACGGGGUGGCGCAUGGCGAUCGUGCGGGUCUGAUCGCCGCCGUGCCGGAGCACCACAAACAGUUUCUGCGGAAUCUGUCGUGGGUCCACGAGGAGGACGGAGCAGGAGAGACGGGCGAUCCUGCGACGAGCUACUCCAGGAUCAUCGCGGUGCACGCGGGCCUCGAGAGCACCAAGUCUGUGGAAGAUCAGCUGCGGCCUCUCCUGGAGAAGGAUUCCACCAUCGCCAGACUCGAGCCCUUGUACGGUCGCAAGAACGUAUUGAAAAUUCCCCAGGAGCUCGCGGACGAGCGAGUGAUGCUGGUCAGUGGGCACCACGGAUGCUUGAUUCUCGACGGCUUGCGACUCAUCAUCGACGAGGGUGGAGGCAUGCCGAACAACCCCAUCGCAGCAGUCAUCCUCCCGUCCAGAAUUAUCGUCCGCGACACCGAUGCCCCCAUCUCUCCUGCCCCCACCAUCUCAUCCUCCGUGACACCUGCACUCGUGUGAGCCUCGGCGGAUGCUUUCUUCUGAGCAGCAGCAGCAGCAGCUUCUUCAGCUGGUUGUUAUAUGAAAGCUUAUCUCUCAGGUCAUGCAGGUCGGGGGCAACCAGAAUCCAUCCAUGCCCUGAGGUGGAGGAGAGGUCGAUGCAUACAUAGCUACGGUUGGGUUAGCAGGAAGGCUGACGAGAUCAGACGACAGAGAAUUUGCGGUUAAUUUCUCACGCGAGGAGAAGGAGCUGGGAGAAAAGCUCGAUGUGAGGAGGUGAUGAGGUUUGUUAUAUAGGCGCAGAAAUAUUUUUGAUCUGUUCGAGUAGGGAGGAGUGUUGUUGACCCGUCCUGGUUGUAACAUAUGGAGCGCUAGAUCUCGUUUUUCCAAGGGUUUCACUAACGACCCUCUUUCUCUUCACACUACAAGAAUACAAUCACCAGUUCAGGCCCUGGCUAAAAAGCCCACUCGGCAUUAUUUCAAUGAGAGGAAUGGAAGAGUUGCAGCAAUCCACUUCAUGGUAAGAUUUUUGCUUCGUUGUUGGUCGUGGAAGCUCAUCUUUGCAGACCACGUCGGACAAUUGUAAAAUUGGCGCAAGUUCCCCCAUUCACUUGAAGUACUGUACUUACCAAUUGUCGGUUCUCCUUGACUAAAGAGCUCUUUUUAUUUCUCUUUUCUGCGUGCUUCUCGAGUUUGCGAUUACAUCGGUAGAUUGUUCUACGACAGGGAACUGCUCACUCCUAUGGACAGCAACAAUUCAAAGCUAAGAGAUCAAGAGACAAUAUUUCGGAGUCAUAAAUUGAACCCCGUAUGUUCCGUAUCUAAAAGAGUUCACUGUUCGUGUGGUUGUCUGGUCAGUCCACAAUUGUUCGAAAGUAAGGAUACAAAUCUUUUACAGAAAAUGUCGAUGCGAAGUAACUGGAUAUUGUCUCCAUUACGUGCUCAAGCUGAUACUCUUGAAGACUUCUCUGAUGAAGAGAAACUGUGUUUGGUGCUUUGAAAAUUCGAAAAUUCGAUGAGUUUUUAUACGCAAAGCACUCAGACAGAGUGUGGUCUAGUCCAAAUUUUGAUGUCCAUUUCAUUGGUAGCCUGUGAACGAUAACGAUAAUUGAAGGCCUAGCUCUGAACCGCCGUCGAACCGACUUUGGUAGACAAUUUAGAGCACUAGCCUCCGUGGCCUAUUAAUGGAUCAUGCUUUCAAGCAUAACGAGCAAAUUUGAGAGUGCUUGAACAAAAUGUUUCAACACCUUGACAUCCAAUGGGAC